GGAACGAUGGCGGCCGCGAGCGAGCCCCUCGGGCAGCUCGAUUGGAACUUUAGCCAGGUGUUCGGCGAGCGCACGCCGGGAGAGGAGGUGCAAGACGCGGACAUAAUCAGCGCGGUGGAGUUCGAUAAGACAGGGGAGCACCUCGCGACCGGCGACAGGGGCGGCCGCGUCGUGCUAUUCGAGAGGAUCCACCCGUCAAAGACUGCGCUGGUGCGUGCCCCGCUGACCCAUCCGGGCGGUCCGAGCAUUCCCCCCGUGGAGUACCGCUACCUCACCGAGUUUCAGUCCCACGAGCCCGAGUUUGACUACCUCAAGUCGCUCGAGAUUGAGGAGAAGAUCAACACGCUGCGGUGGUGCCACCAGGGCGCGAACGGCGCCAGGUUCCUGGUGUCCACGAACGACAAGACGAUCAAGCUCUGGAAAGUUUUCGAGAAGCAGAUGCAGCACGUCUCCGACUUUAACCUGGACGCCAGCACGCCCCCCCCGCCCGGCGCCCCCGCCCGGCCCCUCAACGGCGGCUCCCCCGGCACACUGGGUUCCCCCGUCUCCAGCGCGGGCGGGUCGUUCAGCGGCAGACUGCGGCUGCCCUCGGUGCACAGCACGGAUGUCGUGUUUAGCGCCCGGUGCCGGCGCCUGUACGGCAACCAGCACGCGUAUCACAUCAACUCGCUCUCCGUCAACUCCGACUGCGAGACGUUCAUCAGCGCGGACGACUUGCGCAUCAACCUGUGGCACCUGGAAUCCAGCGGCAGCAGCUUCAACAUCGUGGACAUCAAGCCGAACAACAUGGAGGACCUCACCGAGGUGAUCACGUCGGCCGAGUUUCACCCGAAUCAGUGCAACCUCUUCGCCUACUCGAGCAGCAAGGGCGCCAUACGACUGGCGGACAUGCGCGCCUCGGCGCUGUGCAACAACCACGCGAAGAUAUUCGACGAGCAGGAGCCCCCCGGCACCAGGUCGUUCUUCUGCGAGAUCAUCGCGAGCAUCUCGGACGUCAAGUUUAGCAGGGACGGUCGGUACAUCCUCGCGCGCGAUUAUCUCACCGUCAAGCUGUGGGACAUCAACAUGGACUCCAAGCCGGUGGCGCAGUUCAAGGUGCACGAGCACCUCCGAUCGAAGCUCUGCGACCUGUACGAGAGCGACAGCAUCUUCGACAAGUUCCAGUGCUGUCUGAGCGACGACGGCAGCCACCUGGCGACGGGUUCGUACGGAAACACGUUUAGAACGUUCGACACCCACGCGGGGGGCGCGGACACGCUGGAGGUUACCAAGACCCCUCAGAGGCUCCGAACGGAACGCGUUCGGGCGGCGACGGGCGGGUCCCUGAGCUCGAGCCCGAGUCUGGUGGGAGGUUUGAUGGGGCGGGCGUCGGGAAGGUCGAGCCCGAGCCCGCAUUUGCAACCCGCAGGGCCGGGAUCGCCGGAUUUUCAGACGAAGAUUCUGCACAUGGCUUGGCACCCGCAGGAGCACGUGCUGGCCUGCGCGGCGUCCAACUCGCUGUACAUCUUCAACGCCUGACCUACGCGAGAGACGCGCUCUUGGAGGGGGUGCGGCGCGGGUGCGGAGGGUAUUUAUACGGGAUCGUCGGGGGGGGGGGGGGAAUAAUCAAUAGGAUCAAAUCACAUCGGGAGGCGGCGGCGGCGCCGGCGCCCCUUCCCCAUUCGUUGCCAUGUGUUGGCGGGCUUGCAGUAAGAGAGAACACGCUUCAAACAAGAGUCCGCGUCGCGACCGGAGCGUGAUCAACCGUACCGGUAUGGUGGUUUUGGCUCGUACGGGCUUUCAGCGCCGAUACCAAACCCCCGAACCCCGAGCGCGGAAUCAAAAGUUUGUUCGUCACCGACUCGAUCCGCCCUCGUCGCCCGCUUCCAACCUCGUCACCGCCGCGUGCGCCGCGUGAAGCACCGUCGUCCGCGCGUGAACCCCCCCCUCGCCGCGCGUGCGCUCCGCGUGCGUGACGGGCAGCUCGCGCAUCGACUCGCCCACCCUCAGCGCGGCGACGGCGCUCUCGGGCGCGGCGAAAUCGAACGCGAGGGAUACGCACGAUUUGACGUUGCGAGUUUGCCUUGGACAGCCGGCGGGGAUCAUGACCGUUUCUGACCGUUUCUGACGAAUCACCCACGGCUUGACCACCCCGCCGCUCUCCCGCCCGAGCUCGUCGAUCUCGUUGGAGCUCAGGAAGCACCGCCCGUCGUGCAGGGGUAAUCGCGCCGCCAGAGCCCGUCGUUUGUCGUUCGCCGAAUCGCGGUGUUCGCGGUUGUGGUGGUUCCUUCGAUCGCCGUCGGGCGGAUGCGCCAAGACCGGGAGAUUCUCGGAGAGGUAUCGCGCGAUGUGACCCUCGUGUUCGCGCCUGAACACGUGCCACACCGCACCCGGCGAUUCGUGCCCCGUUUGGAAGCCCCCGUCUGGGCGCGAACCGUCGCGUCCAUCGCCCGCGUCCCUCUCGAGCGCGAGACACAGAACCUCCGCCGUGUCCACCGACGACGUCCUCAACCGCUGACUCACCGCGUCUCCCGCGCCGCCAACCUCCUCGCGCCUGCCGUACGCGAUCCUGGUCCGCACGCACCCCCCACCCGCGCCGAACGACGCCCCGUCGCCGUGUAAACCCCCCGCGUUGGCCGACACGUGCGUGCGCAAAUUCAUCGGACCGUCCACCGGGUUGGUGUACUCCUGAAAGGGUAAGCCGCCGAUGGCGUACGAGACGUGACGGGGCGCGCGUGCACGAAGCUCAGCCUCGGACGGCC